GCCAACUGCUCCAUCAGUCUAUAUACCCUUGAUGUAUCGGUUUGGUUUGUGGUGGUCUGCCCGAUGAGCUUCUAUUCGCCUGUGAAGGCCCUGACAAGCCUAUCAGGAAGCCUAUCCCGGCCAUGCUUGUCCCGGGCGACCGUCUGCUUCCGACAGCCAGGAGUCGCGUAUCGUCCCUGGGACCUUUUGCGAAACCAAACAUAUGCCACCACGGGCGUUGGAAGCUAUGGCAGUCCUAUCCUGAAUGAAGCCCUUGCAGACCGGUCGCAGCGAGUCCAUGAGCUGUCUGUCCAACUCUCCCAGCGGCCCAUGAAUGGCAACGCCUCCAUGCAGUACACGCGGUUCAGCGACAGCGCCGACUCCAGUGGCAGAGAGAGCGCAUCGCAGGUCCAGAGUCAAACAAAACUGGCCAUCGCAGAGCAAUACGGCCUGACCACUCGCGAUCUUCGCGUCUUCGAUCUGCCCUCCCCGGGAUUCCCGCACAUCCUGGUCAGGGAACGCGCCAUUCUAGUCCACCUAUUUGAUCUACGGCUCCUGGUCGAGUGCGACCAUGUCCUGCUUUUCCAUGUCGCUGAUAAACCAGUGGAGGCUGCUGCCCCGAGGCCAAACAGUGACAGUGAUAGCGAUGGGAGUACAACUGGUACCGAUAGCAGUGUAUCGCAAGUCUUCAGCCACAACCUCGAGCGAAAGCUCCUAGGGAGUAAUGGCCAUGUCCAGCCGUAUGAGCUGCGGGUUCUCGAAGCAGCGAUGGCCUCUGCAACAUCUGUCCUGGAGGCAGAGUACAGCCUCACUGCAGAGGAAGUCUCCCAAGUCCUGCGCCAGACGCACCAGGACGCGCCAUUCAUAUCAGACAAGGAAAAGGAAUACGAAUCGCUUAUUCACACUCUCCUGCGACUGUCGCGGCACUUGGCUAGCAUUGACCAGUCUGCUCGACAGGUCCGCACGCUGACUUCCGAAGUCCUGGCCGAAGACGAAGAUAUGGCAAACAUGUAUCUCACCGACAAAGCUCGGGGGAGACCGCAUCUUUCCUCUGACCAUCAAGAGGUCGAGUACCUCUUCGAGGCCUACUUCAAAGCCUCCGACACUAUUGUGCAGGAGACCAAACGGAUGAUGGGCAACAUCACACGCACCGAAGAAACCAUCCGUGCCGCACUGAGCGUCCGCCGCAACCAGAUCAUGGUUCUUGAGGCCCGGAUUGAGAUCCUGAUGCUGGCUCUGGCAGGGGGUACCUUGAUUGCAGGGUGGUAUGGCAUGAAUGUUGUCAAUGGCAGCGAGGAGAGCAGCACGGCGUUUGGCGUGAUUGUUGUGGGCAGUCUGGUCGGCGUUGGCCUCAUCACCUGGGGAGGGCUACGGCGGCUGAAGAGAAUCAGCAAGAUACGGGUUUAAUCAAAUUAUUGACAGUAUUCAAAGACAGAUAAAUGGGCAACUACUCUCAGUAUACCUCAAAUGCAAGAUAAUUCGUAGUUAUGCC